UCUCUCUCUCUCUCUAUCCGCCACUACCACAGCUCUCUAGAGCCACUUCUUCUUCGGUCUCGGAGAGGGAAACAGAGAGAAAGAUCAACAUAAGCUUCUGAAAAAAUCUAGCUCGGAGAUAUCAGAUCGGAUCCGGACUUUGUUUAAAGAUGCAGACAACCAACGGCUCAGAUUCGACGUCAGCCACGCCUCCGGCUAACCAAACGACUCCUCCGCCGCCUCAGCAGUGGCAGCAGCAUCAACAGUGGAUGAUGCAGUAUCCAGGCGCGGCGGCGAUGAUGAUGAUGCAACAGCAGCAGCAGCAUAUGAUGAUGUAUCCUCACCAAUACCUUCCUUACAAUCACGGUGGUCAUUAUCACCACCACCCUCCUAACCUCCAAUACGCACCGUAUCAUCAGCAACACCAUAACCACCACCAAAAGACACAUGAGCGUGGUGGAUCUGGAGAAGACGUCAAGACUCUAUGGGUUGGUGACCUUCUUCAUUGGAUGGACGAGACUUAUCUCCACACCUGCUUUUCUCACACCGGCGAGGUUUCUUCUGUGAAAGUUAUUCGAAACAAGCAGACACUUCAGUCAGAAGGAUACGGUUUUGUUGAGUUUCUUACACGUGCUGCAGCUGAAGAGGUUCUUCAGAGCUUUAGCGGUUCUAUAAUGCCUAACUCCGAGCAAGCCUUCCGCUUAAACUGGGCGUCUUUUAGCACUGGUGAGAAGAGAGCAGUAGAGAAUGGUCCUGAGCUGUCGAUAUUCGUUGGAGAUUUGUCUCCGGAUGUGACUGAUAGUAUGUUGCAAGAGUUGUUUGCUGAGAGAUAUCCCUCUGUCAAAAGCGCUAAAGUUGUGAUUGACUCCAACACCGGCCGGUCUAAAGGUUACGGUUUUGUUAGGUUCGGUGAUGAGAGUGAGAGAUCAAGGGCUUUGACUGAGAUGAAUGGAGCUUUGUGUUCCAACAGGCAGAUGAGAGUUGGUGUUGCGACUCCUAAAAGAGCUGUUGCUAAUCAGCAACAACAUUCUUCACAAGCUGUGAUAGUGGCUGGUGGACAUGGAGCAAAUGGUUUCACUGCUCAUGGGUCACAGUCUGAUGGUGAUUCAAACAACUCAACAAUAUUCGUUGGCGGACUUGACCCUGAUGUUACUGAAGAAGACCUCAGAGAACCUUUUAUACAAUUUGGCGAGGUUGUUUCAGUGAAGAUCCCACUAGGCAAAGGAUGUGGGUUUGUCCAACUUUCUAACAGGAAGAGUGCUGAUGAUGCGAUCCAGAGUUUGAACGGGACAGUCAUCGGCAAGAACACUGUCAGGCUCUCUUGGGGAAGAACUCCGAACAAGCAGUGGAGAGGAGACAAUGGAGGAUACUCGCGAGGACAAGGUUACAACAACGGAGGCUACGCUAACCACCACGACUCCAACACCUAUCCUGCCGAGACUUGAAGAUAAUAAGAGACUCGAAGUGUUCAUGGAUCAUAGUGGUUUAAGCCUUCUGUGAUUCAUAACACAUCAAUCAAAUGCUAAAACUUGUAGUCGAAAAAGAGAAUUUUGUUAGAUUUGAUUUGGUUUUGAUAGACUGAAACAUGUUGGUUAAUGGUUACUGGUGUCUUGUCUGAAGACUAACAUAAUGGUUUGUUCUCGUUAGAUAAUUUAGCCGUGCAAGUUAAAACCUUUAACUUCUCA